AUGUUCGGCCGCCGCAAGAGAAGCUCUUCUCACCAUCAUCAGCCGCUGCCCACACCUGCGUCCCAAUCAGCGCAGUCUGCCGCCAGCCAUGCUUUCCUAAAGUCCCAACCCUCCACAGGUAGCCUGUCAUCCGCCGCGGCGGCGGCGGCACUGCGAAAUCGCACGCCAACUCCGACGUCUGUGGAAAAUGUCCAGACAAAACGCAUGACCCAGCGGGCAGCCUCGACCCAUUCGCCGCGCGGCACAAUGUCCUCCCGUCGCUCAGCUAGUGUGAGCGGGCCUCUGCGCCGGUCGAGUAGCUCAAGCUCGAUGACGGCAAGGACAUUUCGAGAGCCGUCGCCUCAUCGGCCAUCAACAAGUUCUGGCCCCGUUUCUGUGCAACGACCCAUCGAACCCCCAUUACCUAGCUUGCCUUCGCAAUAUGCCCAGCGAAAAGAUGCUACCCGUCGCUCCUCGAGCCUCGAACCAUCGAUGCGAUCACCUCCGGCAUCUCCGCCGCGGGUCUCCACGCGAGGAGUGAGUUCUGAUCGUGGGGGCGCGAGCUCGCCUUUGCACAGCCGGGUUAGUAGCUUGAGCACCGUGCCUGAGGUAGAUCGACCAGGAAGCCGGAAUUCGGUCAAUUUUUCUUAUCCAAGGGGCACCCGACCGAAUUCGCCGCCCUUGACACCCUCGAUUCCCGAAAACCAGCCUAUCAGCUUAGGCGCAGUUGUGGAUAGCGAUGGAGCACAAGAAACCGAUACCCAGCAAACUACACCUGAGAAACCAACUGGCACGAGGUCUAAAGUGCAAGCUGCAGAUGGAAGCCACGCGAGCAAGUCUGCGGGACCUGCCGCAGGUACUGCUGCGGCUGCGGCUGCUCAGGCAAUUAGCACACAAAAAAGCAGUCCCCGCGCCGCGGACCCCUCUCACGCAAGGGUUGAAAAGCCAGAGCGCGACCCUUCAACUAUUGGCAGUUUAGACAAAGAACAUCCUUCUUCACGGACUGGGCCUGAGAAGUGGCCCGCCGUUACCCGCGAAAACGUUCCCGAAGAACAUGCAGUAGCCGAGGUCCCUCAACGUCAGGAUCCUGGAAACCGACUAGCAGCAGCAUCUCCAUCAUCCGACCGUGCUGACACAAUAGUGACGCCCCAGUCAUCACCUUCCGCUGCGAAGGGAUUAAGGGAUCAAGAAGUACACCCUCAUCAGUCAAACAGCCCUGGCCGAUCAGCCCGUUUUUCCAAAUGGCUUUCUGUCAGCAGUUCUGGAGACCAGAUUCACCAGCCCCCCGCGAGAUCUGUGUCUCCUGUCAAGUCGGCCUUGAAGCAUACUCGUGGAAGCUCUCUGUCUCCGGAUAGAAGGGUGUCACUCACCGGGCAGCCUGUUCACCCACCUGGUGAGAUAUCUGAUGGCACGUCAGUGGCAUCCGAUGAUGGAUUCCGACUUAACGUCGCCAAAAAACGGGCUCCUAAGGUGAGCUUCGAUGAUGAGGCUGAGAUUGUCGGUGUUGCCGCAAGCCCUCCCACCUCUCCUGAGGAAUAUACCCCCGGUUCACCACCCAAAACUAAGUCCCGCAUGAGUUGGCUUGGUGUUGGCAAAAAGAAGCAAGGAGCAUCGGACUUUGCCACGGGCGACGAUGAUUUCGGUGGAGUCUUAAAGCCGCGACCAAUACUUCCUUCCUUUGGCAGCGUACGAGGGAAUCGGGAUGGUGGUUCCCAAGAGCCUGCAGUUCCUGAGUACAGUGACAAUGACUCUAGCAGUUCAUCUGACGAUGAAGUGGCAGCCGGUCCGGUUUCCUUCUCAAAUGACCAUGCCAUUGGAGGAGUCCUUCCCAAGGCUCGAUCUCAGGACCCCCGCAAUGUUACCUCUGUGGAGCGAUUUUCUGUCAGUGGGGAGAGUAAUUCAUCUCAGCCGAAGGCCGCAAGUGAUAAGAAACUGGAUGGCGUGGCCAUUGGUGGUAUCACUGAGCAACCGCCUUUCAAGCAUGCGAACUCAAACAUGCCUCCACCUUCUAUUGCAGUGGAGCCCGCUACACCUCCAGUCGACAGUGAACGUCCCAGCCAUCAGCUACAGCGCCUGAGCCGGUCAAGUCUUGAGAACUAUCACAUCCCAGGUGGCUUCCCGCCUUCAGCUUCGGACCGCAAUCUCAGGUCUACGACUGAAUCCACGAAGCCCCAGUCUGUAGCCAGUGCCGUUCCAAAGCACGUGGAUGACGUGGAUACUGAAGGAGAAUCUGGUGACAGUGUCUACAGUGAUGCUGAAGAGGGCUUUGAUGGGGAUGGAUUUGGAUCUAUCAAUGCCAUUGUUGAUAGCAAGUCAAUUCCCAGGUCUUCGGCCCCUCUGGACACGGUCAGCGAAAGUCGCGAUCCAACACCGAAGCCGCUGGGUCGAGCUGCAGUUAUCGAUGAUGUAUCACAAGACAUUACAGAGCAGGCUGUGGAUGACGGCCGCGUAACGCCCACUCAAGGUUCUGUCAAUCGUGAGGUGGAAGAAUACCCUGCUACGGUGCCUGUACAGCAAGAGGCCGAGCCCCCAAGUCCCACUAUGCCUCUCCAACCUCAAGCUCGAGGGGUAACGAAUGGGACCAUACAGUCAAAGUCAGGCCAACAGAAAAGGCCUUUAUCCGUGGACGUGUAUGGUACCUCCAGCUUGAACGAUCCCCGACACUCCAGUGCUGCCCCCGCUGCGGUUGCUGGUAAUGGCAAAUCGCGAACUUUGUCACUGGGUCCAGCCUUCCAGCGAACGGGAGGGCCAACAGGAGCGGGCUUCCCUAGUUCUCUUCGUCGAACCCGGUCCAGUGGCAGCGACUCUUCUAGCAGCUUCAAGCGAGGCAGUCAAUCGCCUCGGAAUGAUGGAUCUCGCGCCAUGCGUCGCACAAUGAGAGCCGGUGCAAGCAUUCGGGGACCUCCCUCGGACCGGACAGACUCUCCUACUGACCGGAGGCCAAUGUCUUCGGGUUCCUCGCAAGGACCGGGAUCGAUGCGCAAAACCCUACGAGGCCCGCCAGGUGGUGGAAACGAGCGGUAUUCCUUCUUUUCGACAAACAAGAAAGCUGCCCCCGCCCCUCGGGCCCGGUCUUCAAAGCCUCCCAAGUCCAUGGCAGGCUCUCGUUUUAUCGACUCGGACGGGGAAGACGAGGGUCGGCAACAGUUCUUCAGUAGCCGUUUCGCGGAUUCUAGCGAUGAAGAGCAGGGCCCCAACUCGAUGCGGCCCGUUCGUGGUAUUCCCCGUCGCCAUGGUGCCCACGAUGGAGAUUCCACCGAUCUAGAUGAUAGUUCUGAAGGAGAACGUCGGCAGCAGUCUCGACCUGUGGCUGUUGCUCCUCGCACCAAUCCCACUCCGCCCGCUUCUCGCGAUAGAAAUACUACUCCAAACAUGUCUGGCUUGGCCGCCGUGGCUCGGCAACGCGGUAUGACACAGCAGGAACUGGAGGAAUUCAUCAUGCAACCUCGCAAGCAAGGAAUACUUACCCGUCUUGGUCUGAAGAAGUCGAAGAAUCCGCAAAACCGCAUUCGCAAACCGGAUACGGAGAGCCCAUCUCGGAGAGAUACUCAUCUAGAGCGCUCGCAACUGGAACGUGAGCAAGUCCGUGGUGCGGCCUUGAAUGGCACUCCUGCCACCGUGACUACUGUGACUGCCAAUCAACCGCAGUCGCCUUCGUCCCCUCAAAAACUUACGAAGAAGGACGCCAAGCGUAAUACAAUGGGUGGGGAGCCUUGGUCGUACCGCUCCGACGCUAGGCCCCAGUCUAUUCCUGAACAAAGUGCCAGCGCUCCCUCCUCCCCAUUGCGGACGCAAAAGCCAGCGCUUGAAGACGCGAGCCGCAAUGGAAACGCUACAAUCAAUGGAGGGGGAGCAAGCACCGUGAAAGCGCCCGAGUCACCCCAAGCCUCUCGUGCCGGUCCAAAUGUGAACGAUGAUGCCGCCUCGGACAUCACGAUGAGCACUGAGGACAACGGACCCGUGGCACGAGAUGUGAUGAUUGUCGGCUCGGGGCGAAAGAAGCGAUUCCCUAUGCUCCGCAAGGCCUUUGGUCUACGAGCUUGA